AAAUUGAAAUUGUUAUUUCAGUAAAUAUUUGCAUUUUGCACGUAGAAAACUGAUUCAUGAUUCCAUGUUGAUGAGAACAUUAAAACAGGGAAAAAAAUAGGACAAAAAAAUAUAAAAGGAAAUUCAGAAACGAUAAAAAAUGCGUGAGUAAUCACGAUUAAUUUUUUAGUUCAUUUGAGUUAAUUAUGACGGUUGCGUUUUUAAUUUAUAUGUAGAAAUAAAUAUAUGUAGUGUAUUAUAUAUAUUUCUCAAGCUCUCAUUCGGGCUUGAGAAAUGUAGUCGGAUGGUGACUAAGAGAGGAAAGGUAGUCCGCACUGAAGGGGUCUCACUCCCUGAAGGAACAAUAGCAGACAUUGAGGACAGCUACAAGUACCUCGGUAUAUCACAAGCCAAUGGCAACCUCGAACUGGCAACAAGGAAAGCAGCUACGGGCAAAUACCUCCAGCGAGUGAGGCAAGUCCUAAGAAGCCAGCUCAAUGGCAAGAAUAAGACCCGGGCAAUAAACAGCUAUGCCCUGCCAGUGAUCAGAUACCCUGCAGGAAUAAUAAGGUGGCCAAAGGAAGAGAUUCAGACCACGGACGUUAAGACCCGAAAGAUCCUAACCAUGCAUGGAGGGUUCCAUCCCAAAUCCAGCACCUUGAGACUGUACACAAGCCGAAAGGAAGAAGGCCGGGGACUAGUGAGUGUGAGAGCCACUGUCCAAGAUGAAACAUCCAAGUUCCAUAAAUACAUAAAGGAGAAGGCUCCAACGGAUGACGUACUCAGAGAAAGUCUCAGACAAUGGGGAACAGAAGAUGAGGCGCUGGAAGAGGGACCAUCAUGGGAGGACAAGCCCCUACACGGGAUGUACCACCUUACCAUAACUGAAGUGGCUGAUCUCAAGAAGUCCUAUCAGUGGCUAGAGAGGGCUGGCCUGAAGGACAGCACAGAGGCACUCAUCCUGGCUGCUCGGGAGCAGGCCUUGAGCACCAGAGCCAUCGAGGCCCAGAUAUACCACACCAGACAAGACCCAAGGUGUAGGUUGUGCAAAGAGGCACCUGAGACGAUCCAACACAUAACUGCAGGGUGUAAGAUGCUGGCAGGGAAAGCCUACAUGGAACGCCAUAACAGGUAUGGCAUAGUCUACCUUAUGGCAUAGUCUACCGAAACAUCUGUGCGGAGUAUGGACUGGAAACCCCAAGGUCAAAACGGGAAAGACCUCCGAAGGUGGUGGAGAAUGACAGAGCGAAGAUCCUGUGGGACUUCCAGAUCCAGACUGACAAGAUGGUAAUGGCGAACCAACCAGAUAUCGUGAUCAUAGAUAAAGGGCAGAGGAAAUCCGUUGUAGUGGAUGUAGCGGUCCCAAGUGAUGGAAACAUCAGGAAGAAGGAACAUGAGAAACUCGAGAAAUACCAAGGGCUAAGAGAGGAGCUGGAGAGAGCCUGGAAGGUAAAGGUGACAGUCGUGCCUGUGGUGGUCGGAGCACUCGGGGCAGUGACCCCCAAACUAGAUGAGUGGUUGCAACAGAUCCCGGGAACAACAUCGGACAUCUCAGUCCAGAAAUGUGCAGUGCUGGGAACAGCAAGGAUACUGCGCAGAACCCUCAAGCUUCCUGGCCUCUGGUAGAGGACCCGAGCUGAAUGAGGGACGGACACCACCCGAGGGGUGAGAUGAGGAUUUUUUUUUUAAAUAUAUAUAUACAGCUCUAUAUAUGUUAGAGCUGUCAAACGAUUAAAAUAUUUAAUCUAAUGAAAAACGCAACUGUCAUAGUUAACUCAAAUUCGCAAAAAAUUAAUCGUGAUGACUCACGCAUUUUUUAUUGUUACUGAUUUUCCUUUUAUAAUUUUUGUCCUAUUUUUCUCCAUUUUAAUGCUCUCAUCAACAUGGAAUCAUGAAUCAGUUUUCUACAUGCAAAAUGCAAAUAUUUACUGAAAUAACAAGUUAGAUUUUCAAUUUUACAUGAACAUUUUUCACUUGGAGCAGUUAUUCACAUAUAAUCUCUCACACAAUAUUACUGUCCAUCAACAACAGUGAAAAAAAUAUUUUGUCACACAACAGCUGCUUUAACAGUUCUUUUUAAGGAAUCAAAACCGAGCAAUAUAACAUUAUAAAGUGCGCAUCUAAGGGUAACUAGUACUCCGCCGAUAGUGGAUUUAAGCCAUGGUUGCAUAGUUCGUUUUUCUCAAGUUUGCUUUGAACACAGCAGUUAGGCUAUGUUGAUUCUGUUGGUCCUUCUUGCUCGGAAGUCUCUCUACGGUUUUGUGUAGAUAUCAUUUCGGAUGACUACACUUGGUUCGAUGACAACACUGGCCACGUUUUAUUUUCAGUGUGUUCGCUCGCUACCAAUGCACCGCUAAACUCUGGAGUAUGCCUCAGCGCACCAUCGCUGUCAGACGAACACAGAGAAGCUCCACCCGCUUUAUUUAUAUGGCCACGUAACUCUGUAACCAGAGAUGAAAGUGGACUUUUCUGAAAAUCCUCAAUAAAUAAACACACACAACACACACACACGCGCGCGCACACACCCCUGGCCGAUCACGCAUGAAUCAGUUUACUCAAAGCACUAUUCAAAUACUC